CUAGCUUAUUAUUGUACUCAAUGUACUCUACCUAAUUUGUUGUCACUAGUAAAAACAUAACCUCUCUGUUAAGUUAUUAUUUUCAAUAAACUUUUCUCUUAUUUUUGUUAAUGCUCCAAAUCUAGGCCUAAGUGAAAUAAAUCAAAAUCGUAAUCCUGCAUGAACAAUGUUUUCAAUAAUAAAAGAUAAACUACAAUCUGUUCAAGAUAACUUGACAACUAGUUUCCGAGGAUUGAAAGUUGCUGAUACCUCCUCAGAUUCGGCCCGGAAACAUCCAGUAGACCUGAAUGCUGGAGCCGAUCUCCUUCACAAGUAUCAGACAGAAUGGCAAGAGCUACACCAGUUGGCUGAGGAAAACGCUGUAGCAGCCCAGAAAGUAGAUGUACGUAUUGGAGCUCUCCAUGAAGAAGUGAUGCGGCAGUGGAACGCAACCUCACAACUGACUACGGGAUUGGCGACACUGCCCAAGCUAGCAGCCCAGACUGACAAGAUCAUCUCACAGAUCGAAGAGCUACGGAAUCUUGUCGUUGAGGUGGAGAGCUCUCUGAUAGAAUUAGCUGAUACAGUGGAGAAGAAAGAGCUGCAGGAAAGACAACUUGAGAGCAGGUUCCAACUGGCUUUACACAGCGAGAAGAGGCUUGCUCAGCUGGACAUUCUCAGAGCAAAACUGUCAGAAGAACACAGAUUAAAAGUAGCAGAAUACGAAAAACAGUUUGAGAAAAAACAGAAGGAAAGACAAGAAACAUUUAGUAAAGCAUUUGAAGAAGACUUGGCAACUUAUAAGCAGACUGGUAUAGUGCCCACAAUCAGACCAGCCCUGACUAGUGGCCCUUCACUGGAGGAAGUGGAGUUAGAUGUGGACACAGAGGCUCUCAAUCACUUGUUGGAGGAGUGACCUCUGGACUUGCAACACUGCUCAACUGUCCGUCCAUGAUAUUUUGCUGUGAUAUAUCAAGUUUUCUGUUAAACAUGGUUAAUAACCUUUCACCAACAAGAAGUCUUCGCACUGUUAAUAUGAAUAAGUGCCUUAUUGAAUGAAUUUUGAAGCAGUUGCCUAGGUGUCAAUUUAGAUACAUGUUUUGGUAUUGUGAGUUUUAGUGUGGGGAGGAUAUUUGUAGUGGAUUUGAGUUUCCACUGGUAAUCUGGCAUUGUUACAUAGAUUAUAAUAUGAAGCUAUUCUAAUAUUUUUUCAAUCGAAAGGAUUUAUAUAGCAAUUUUAUGAAAUAGUAGGGUUUUAGCACGUUGGAUACCUAAGCUUAUACAAGUAGAACCUGAUGGCUCACAUUUUUGACACUGCCACUUGGUGGCCCAAGUGUACAGUGAUAUUUAGAAGGAUUCCUAUUACAGCAAAGAUGUUGGAUUUCUACCACCAACAAUAAAUGAGCUAUUUAAAAAAAUCAUUUGCUAACCAAUAAUACUCUUAGUCUUCCAUUGUUUUAAACUCAUUUAAACUUCUAUCACUGUUAUUGAUAUAUGUUUCUAGUUGUGUUGCUGUACAGUAUAAUGGUAUUGGUAUCUUGUAAUAUAUAUUUACAAAUAUCCAAUUUGUAUAUUAUAUUAUUUUCUUGUAAUUAAUAUAUUAUGAGGUGUAUACUAUUUAUUACAAUAAAAUUUAUUUGUAUUGGUGAAAUUUUCUAGACUUUCUUUAGAUAUGUAACUGUUGUUAACAUUAAUUAUUUAUACCACUGCUCCUGUAUAGUUUUCAAAAUAUGAAAACACAGUUUUAAACACUUAAAUAGGUAUUUUUGUGUUUGUUAAAAAUUUAAUUUUUCAUUCUGAUUUGUUUUUAAAUAUCAUUCAUUAAUAUCAACUACAUCCAUUUACACAGAGUUAAUGAUUAGAAUUAAUGAUUAGAUGUAUUAAACUAGAAAAGUUGAAGUUUUUACAGGUGGUUGUGUGUAUCAGUAACAUGCAAUUCACUCAGAUUAGAAAAUCAAGGUUAUAAACAGCCAUCAAAGGGUGUUAAAAAAAAAACAAAAAAUUCUAAUAGUAUUCAGACUGUUAAUAUAUUGUAUCAGCCAAUACUGUUCUGUUCAAAUUAGUCUUUUUGAAAAAAAAAAAAAAAAAAAAAAAAAAAAAAAGAAUCAAUAUAUCAUUGCAGAACACCCAAAGGGUUAAAUUACUAUAUUCAAUUAAUUUUCAAUGGGUUCACACUGAAUUUGUCAGUUGCAAAACAUUUAAUGACUAACUUUUUUAUAUGAGCAUAUCAUCCUUUAAACUGGGAGGAAAUCCGCAGUGGAUGGAUUUGAAUUGCCUAUACAAAUUAAGUUACCACGAUUAACUCAGCCUACUGUUGGCUGGUAUCGCUUUAUAGUAGGGGAGUCUGGGGUACUAAAUUUGCAGUUAUGUA